AUGUCAGCAAGCGCUUCGGACUUUCAAGGUAGAGUUCAUAUCAAAAGCAACGAUCCGGGAUUUACAGUAUGGGACCAAAAGCAGGCAGAAGCCGUCUAUGCGUGCCGCGUCCAACCCAAGAAUGCCAAAGAAGUGUCCAGCAUCAUAAAGAUCUUGGUGCGCACACGGUGCAAGUUUGCCGUCAAGGGCGGCGGCCAUGCCCGGUUUCCAAACGACUCCGUGUCGGUUGGCGGCGUCACCGUUGACCUUGGUCUGCUCAACCGCACAGAAGUCGCGGCAGACCGCUCGACGGCUCGCAUCGGAGGAGGCUCUCUCUCGCACGAGGCGUUUACUGCCUUGGAGCCGUAUGGUCUGGCAUUCGUCGGGGGAAGGGUCGGGCAGGUCGGCGUCGGGGGCUUCACCCUCGGAGGCGGGUCGUCCGUGUUCGCGUCCAAGUACGGCUGGGCCUUGGAUAAUGUGCUGGGCUACGAGAUUGUCUUGGCCAACGCGACGAUAGUCCAGGUUACCUACGAGUCACACCCAGACCUGUACUUUGCCGUGCGAGGCGGCGGAAACAACUUCGGCAUCGUAACCUCGUUCAACGUCAGUGUCUUCCCUCUGGGCGCUGUCUAUACAGGUUCCCGUCGCUUUGGCGAAAGCCAAAACAGCCGUGUUCUGGCUGCGGCCGAGGAAAUAUUUCGUGUCCAGGACACCCAAGAUCCGAAUGUGGUGCUCGAGUAUAGAUACACCUACAGCAGCCAAGAUGGAUGGGGAUUGGAGACGACACAGCGGUACGGACAGGCUCUGUCUAGACCGCCAGUUUAUGACGCUCUGAACAGCAUACCGGCUCAGGGACACUUGGUCGGUGGUAUUUCCAGCCUCGCUGACAACACCCAACUCUCAGAGUCGCUCGGGACAACCAGGUACGACCGCGUCCCCGCCUCCGCCUCCGCCUCAUUGAUCUUCCACGCUGACACGCAUCACAGAAACUUAUUCGCGACCUUGACCCAUUAUCCAUCCACUCUUGUUGGUGAACAAGGCCUUCUCAUCCUGAAGGACCUCACCCAGCGAAAGAAUUUGACCUGCUUGAAUCCCCAGCUGAUCACGUAUUCGAUUCCCACAGCAGCCAUCGAGAGGUCCAAGAUUAGGGGAGGCAAUGCUCUAGGCCUUGGCAACGUCCAAGGACACUUGGUUGUCAAUUUGCUUGCACUGAGCUGGAACAAUCGUGCUCUCGAUCAAGAAGCGUACGACUAUGCCGACCAGUUCAUCGCAGACUUCCGCCAAGCUGCAGAGCACGCCAAGGUGUUCCAUCCGUUCAUUUACCUCAAUUACGCCAAUAAAGGACAAGAUCCUUUUGCCAGCUAUGGCAAGAAGAAUCAUCAAAGGCUACUCAAGAUCCAGAAAGAUGUCGACCCCGGUGGUGUUUUCACAUCGGAGGGUUUGUGGAGUGGCUUCUUUAAACUGAGUUAG